ACUCCCUAAAACCUGCAAGAACCCCAUUCUACUAAGCCUCAUUCCUCACAGCCACUGCCUCCACUUUUAUUUUGUGGUUUUUUUUGCUCCCCUUUCCCUUUUGUUUUGCUCUUCUGUUCCUGCCCCCUUAAGAUUCCAGGUUCCACUACACAUUCUCUCACUUUUAGCGCACAAAUUCUGAGUUCCCCGUCUUCUGCUUUUAUCUCCUCUUUCUUUCUUUCUCUCUGCUUUUGCUUCAUUGUUUUUUGGCGCUCCCUUUCCCCUUUGCUUUUUGUGUGAAGAUGGGUAUUGCUGUGCUUCUGGUUUUGGCCAUGGCAACCUGUUCAGUGAUGGUGGAAGGUGGCACAUGGUGUGUGGGGAAGAGCAACGUGGACCAGAAGGCGUUGCAGAAGUCGCUGGACUACGCAUGUGGGGCGGGUGCUGACUGCCGCCCCAUCGUGUCGAGUGGGGCUUGCUACAACCCAGACACCGUCCUCGCCCACGCCUCCUACGCCAUGAACAGCUACUUCCAGAAGCUUGGCCAGGCCCAGGGAGCCUGCGACUUCUCCGGCACUGCCACCCUCACCACUACAGACCCAAGUUAUGGUUCCUGUGUGUAUCCUUCCUCAUCCAGCGCUGCUGGGACGCCGCUGACGCCCACCACCACCACCACCACCAGCGGCAACACGCCCACCACCACCACCACCACCAGCGGCAACACGCCCACCACCACCAUCCCAGGCCUUGGCCCGUCGAGCAACAUCAACGAUUUCAACUCUGCCGUUGCCGGCUGCACCUUCGACCUUUCUCUCCUCCUGACCAGCUUGCUCUUCUUGGUCUCAGCAUUAUUAUUCUAAUGGCUGUCAUUAUAAAAGAGAGAGAGAGAGAGAGAGAGGUAGCUAAAACUGAAGGACUGUGAGGCCCUGUCGGUGGGAAGGAGGAGGGGAGGACUGGCCCCCAUGGUGCUGGAAGUGUUUAGUGCUGUGGACAAAGGGAAAGAGCAGAAGCAUCCAACAAAGCAUUCUAUACAUUGAGGUCCUGUCUCUUUUUUAGGUUUCUCUGCCUUUUUUCUUUCUGGCUUUUUUUUUUUUUUGGGUUCUUGUUGGGAGAGCAGAGGGAAAGGGUUUCUGAUUCCUUUGGGAAUCUUUUGGGAAUGGCGGACGAGGAGGAUGAAGAAGACGAUGUGGCCUGUGGGGGAAGAAUGGCUAGCUAGUGUUGUUGGAUGUGGCCUGUGGGGGAAGAAUGGCUAGCUAGUGUUGUUGGGUGGUGGGGGCAGAUGUGAAACGUAGUACGGCUGUCUAUGCGUUUUUCUGUUUAAUUUUUGUAUAUGUAAUAGGCAGGAUGAAACUCUUAAUCUUUCUUCUUACCUUUUUUGAUCGGAAAAAUGAGAUAUGGCCACAUUUUUAACCA